AUGACUUCGCCGGCCAAUAUGGUGAGCGCAUCUAGACACCUCGGACAGUCAGUUGGAGGGAUGAUGGCUACUGCAAUAGACAAUGCCAUUGGUGCGGUACCGACUGUCAGUAGUAAGACCCUAAUCAGCGCGAUAUCGUUGCUGUGGACGACCGUGGCAUACAAUGCGACUGAGAGCAAGUUUCACAGCACCCACUUCAGUCUGUAUGAAGAAGCAGGCACGGCAUUUGGCUCUGGCGUCGCGAGGGACGCUCUCGGAGGUCUUGUCUCAGGCGGCUCGCAUCUGAUCAAGUGA